UCCCUCCCACAAAAAUUAGAGAAACAAAACCACCAAAAAUCACUCUAGACAAGAGAAAAUCAACAAUAAUGUCAAGUAGUCACCAAGAAGAUCUUGACCUUCUCCUCUCUCUUCAAGACAGAGUUCUUGAAACCCCUCCUGGUUCCCCUUCAAAUCACCAUUCCCUUUCACCAGGGUAUUUAUCGGAUGAUGGAUCACCAAGGCGAAAAGGGCAGGCUGAUUUGUCAGUGUUUAGAGAUGCUGUUCAAGAUUGUCUUGAUUAUGAGCCAAAACCAGUGGUGAAAGCUGGAAAAAAAUUGAAUGUUUUGAAAAACUCCACUGAGGCUAAUGUGGAGAAGUAUUCAGGUUUAAGAAUAAGGAAUCAAUCGGUCACUGCUGUGGAGCUCAGCGAGCGUUUCUCAGAAAUUCGCUUUGUUCGGUUACCAACUAUUAAAAAUUUAUUGAUGGGAGACACUCUCAUGGGAUGUUGGGCAACUGUUGGAGUGUUGAUUGAGAAGGGAAGUCCAAAGACUAGUUCUGUUGGGAAGAGCUAUUGCAUAUGGAAAUUUGGUUCUUUGGACGAAAGCAGUAUAUCUGUUUUCCUGUUUGGCGAUGCUUAUCAGCAGAACUGUAAAGAGCAAGCCGGGACAGUUUUUGCACUGUUCAAUUGCACUGUUCGCAAGGACAAUGUGGGAACUGGUUUUUCUUUGAGCGUGUUCUCUGCAAAUCAAAUAUUGAAGAUGGGUACUUCAAUUGAUUAUGGAGUUUGCAAGGGAAAAAGGAAGGAUGGAUUGCCUUGUACACUAGUCAUAAAUAAACGUCAAGGGAUGUAUUGCAGGUAUCAUAACUCUAAAACAUCAGAGAGGUUUUCCACAGUGCGAACUGAGCUUAAGGGAGGGAACUUGAAAACAGCCUUCAGGGAUCCUCUCAAGUCACGAGGCAUUUACUUGGUCGACCCUCUAGCAGACAAAACAUUAUUAAAAAAGCCCACACAGCCAGUGAAAUUAUUGUCUGUGGAGGCACUCAAAAGAGCAUUGAGCAAUGCAGAUAAAGUGACAACAAAUUCACACUCACAGGGGAUAAGGUUCCUCAAUGAAAUCACAGGAAAACUGAGCUCAAAAAAUUCAGAUAAAGUAUCUGCCACGCAAAACAGACAAGUAAAUAGUUCAGAGAAAAGGAAAUCAUCUACCAAGAAAUUGGAUCCAUCUACGGUCACAAAAAACCAACCAGAUUUAAAAAGAAAGAAAACCGUGCAGGGGCAAGCUUCAGUAGACAAAGUCAAGCAGGGGACAACAAAGAUGAUUGAAUUAGAUAUAUUUGAUUCAGACGAAGAACCAUGAGUCUUGCAUUUCUGCUCACUGUGGAACACCUUUUCUACUUCACGGGGAAAAUUACAUCUCACAUUAUAAUUUAGAUUUUAUGCUUGAGAGCCACGGCUAUUUUGAAAUACAUUGUGGGAGGUGCAACCUUGGUGGUCCCGCUUCUGCACUUCAGAAGGAGCAAUCUAUUAUCUGGAAGAGUUGAAGGUAAAAGUCACGGCUUGCUGCUUUGAAGCAGGGAGGUAAAUGAGCAAGCAGAGUUUGGAACCUUUUGGCUCUAUAAUGUGAUAAAUCUUGGAAGAUUAUUUUUGCUGUGAGUGUCCAUGUUGUGUGAAAAAUACAAGUUGAUGUUGCAUGUUUAUCAUUUCAAUUUCUGCCCUAGCAAUUAGCACACAGAGUUGAAACAUCGAUCAUGGCAAUGCAGUUCUUUAUAACAGCAUUCAUUCGACCAUUAUCAAGCAAGUA